AGCACUAUCACAAGGCAAUCUCCUCAAAUGAAUGGGGGAGAAGAGGAGGAGGAGGUGCAGCAAGGUGAUGAGCGUACACCGUCACUUCCGCCUCGUGCUACAAGUGCUCGCGGGAACCGAGCAGAUUUGCAGCAACGCCAUGAGAGCAUCCAAGUCCCUGCAGUAGAGGAGGAAGGAAGGGGGAGAAGGAAGACUCAGCCCCCCAAUAGGUUGAGCUAUGAACGGCUUGGAGGAGCAGCCAACUCAACCUUGACCGGUUCGGCUCUCAUGCUAGGCGAUGAAGCGGAAGAUGAAAGCGAGGAGUGCGCUUUUGCCUUCUUCUCUCCGGUGGAGAUACCGGGGGAGCCUACAAAUCCCAAGGAGGCUUGGGAGGGCCCCAAUGGGAAGGAGUGGAAGAAGGCCUCAGAUGAAGAGAUGGGGAGCAUCAUCGAGAACGACACGUUUGACUUGGUGAACCUACCUCCGGGGCGUAAGGCGAUCUCUUCCAAGUGGCUCUUCAAGCGCAAGACCGACGCCGACGGCAACAUUGAGCGCUACAAGAGCAGACUUGUAGCCAAGGGGUACCAGCAGCAGGAGAAGAAGGACUACAAUGAAGUAUAUGCUCCUGUGGUGAAGGGUACAACCCUUCGAACCCUCUUCGCCGCGGCGGCCAUCAAAGGAUGGGUGGUGAAGCAAAUGGAUAUCGUAACGGCCUUCCUCAACGGAGUUUUGGAGGAAGAGACCUACAUGGAGCAGCCAGAGGGGUACAAUGAUGGGAGUGGCAGAGUGUGGAAGCUGAAGAAAGCCCUCUAUGGCCUCAAGCAAGCCCCUAGGCAAUGGUACAUCAAGCUGCGGGAAGUCUUGGAGGCGAUCGGUUUCACUCCCUCAACAGCCGAUCAAUCAUUGUUCAUGCUUGGCGAGGGGGAGCAGAGGAGCUUCAUGUGUGUGAAAGGACCAGCGGAGGAAAGUGUUGGUGAAGAGGAGAGGCGCUGUUUUCACUCCUUGGUGGGCAGCCUCAUGUAUGCGGCCGUUCACACAAGGCCGGAUGCAGCCUUUGCUACCGGGCAGCUAGCUAGGGUUGUCCAAUGCCCUAAUGAAGAGCAGGUAGCAGCUGGAGAGAGGGUGGCCAAGUACUUUGGCCAAACAGCAACUGUUGGACUGCAAUACUCCGCGGCGGCACAAAGGCGUCAAAAGGGUGCGGAUGGAGUCGAACCCGGGAGGUUCUUUCUCACCGCCUUCUCUGAUGCAUCUUGGGCAUCAGAACCAGAGGACAUGACAAGUGUGGGAGGCUUUAUCUGCUGUGUUGGUGGAGGACCAACAGCUUGGGAGAGCAAGAAACAAGUGGACCAAGCAUUGAGCUCGGUGGAGUCCGAGUACAUGGCACUCUUCCGUGCCAUAAGAGAGGUUGUGUGGCAGCGGCGUUUGCUAGCUGAAUUGGGGGAGGAGCAGCAAGGACCUACCCCCCUCUACUGUGAUAGCCAAGAUUAGUGAGUUUUUACAACUCGAAUGUCAAGUCGUCGUUUGCGUGUCGCAUGUGUUUUUCUAUUUUGUCGAGUGUGAAGUGUCCAUCGCGUCGCAGGUGUGCGCAGCAAGCCCCCAUCAACUCAAGAAGAAUUUAUCUUGAAGAACCAAGACCAAGAGCUCAAGAUUUCAAGCCCAAGGGACGCGGAUAAAUAUUAAAUAGUGAAAAUAGUAACGCUACUUCGUGUAGUGUUACAUUUCACUUAGUGUAGCCCCUUGGAGGGUUUGUUUUGUGACUCUUCGUGGUUGGGGACUCUGUGGUGGUGUACCACCAACCUGGACCUCGGCUCUUGGGGUAUGUAGAGGCUGGGAACCAUCUCCCUCUCGAAUUCUUCUUCCUAAGUUUUUGUACUCCUAAGACCAUAGUGG